AUGAAAAAUAGACUGACUCCAAGACUCAGCAGAGGAGUACCAAAAGGCAUUGAAGGUGAACUAGUUGCUGCUGGAUGGCCUAGUUGGCUUGUUGCAGUUGCUGGUGAAGCUUUAAAUGGAUGGAUUCCAAGAAGAGCUGAUACCUUCGAGAAAACAGAUAAGAUUGGCCAACGAACUUACAGUAAUGUCUACAAGGCUCGCAAUUGUUUGCUCAAUAAGGUUGUUGCUCUGAAGAAGGUUCGUGUUGACAAUCUUGAUCCUAAGAGUGUCAAGUUUAUGGCAAGAGAGAUCAUCACAUUGCGAAGGCUUGGUGAUCACCCAAACGUUAUCAAAUUGGAAGGUUUAGUCACCUCGAAAAUGUCCUGCAGUUUGUACCAUGUUUUUGAUUGCAUGGAAUAUGAUCUGAAGGGAAUUCAGGAACAAAAGGGUACCAAGUUUUCCGAACCUGAGAUCAAAUGUUACAUGCACCAGCUGCUUAAAGGGCUAGAUCACUGCCAUAGCCGUGGUAUCUUGCAUCGAGAUGUAACUACUUCUAACCUGUUGGUUGAUAAAGAUGGUAUCUUGAAAAUUGCAGAUUUUGGGCGAUCAACAUUUUUUGAUCCAGAACAAAGCAGGCCUUUAACUAGCCGGAUUGUGACUCUGUGGUAUCGGCCACCAGAACUUUUGCUUGGAUCAGAUUCUUAUGGAUUUGGAGUUGAUUUGUGGGGUGUUGGUUGUGUACUUGGUGAACUAUUUACUGGCAAGCCUAUUAUGCCUGGUAGAACUGAAGUUGAGCAAUUGUAUGAGGUCUUCAAGCUCUGCGGUUCUCCAUCUGAUGAUUUUUGGAAAAACUCCCAACUGCCUAAUGCAACUAUAUUUAAGCCACAAAAGCCUUGUAGACGACAAAUUCAAGCAACCUUUUAUGAUCUUCCUGCUGCUGCUGUAGGACUAAUGGACAUUUUACUUUCCUUAAAACCUGAAUAUCGAGGGACUGCAGCUCUUGCUCUUCAGGGUGAGUUUUUCACAACAGAACCACUUGCUUGUGAUCCCUCAAGUUUGCCAAAAUGCCCUCCCAGAAAAGAGGGCAUAGAGAAUUGUACUCAGAGUUCUACUUCUCAUCAAACGGAUGAUCAGAGAGCCAUGUGGGAGAAACCAGUUCAUGUUGCUUAUCACAGCAAGGGAAAGAAGAACUAG